CUUGAACUUAAUUGCCCAGGUGAAAUUUGAAGGCAUUCAAGUGGAGAUGGUAUCUUUCAUUGGCUUCACUGUGGAGAAUAGACAGGAUUUUUUUUUUUUUACUCGUCUCAGUCUCUCUCUUGGUGUUGUGGUGUACUUAAGGAGGUGGAGACAGCGUGGUUAAGACCAGUCUGGUUAAGGACAUCAGUGGUUAAAGACUGUUGUUAAGCUACUGGGAGAAGUCUGAGAGGUAGUUAGUCUGGAACAUUGAGACUUGCAGAGGAGGAGGAGCAGGGUUGGAUAAUAUUGCUGGAGUCAAGUUAUUGACAACUUUGUCUGCUGCUGUCAAAUAUUUGGGGUUCCAUGGGGCAAGUGUAACCAUUUGUACUGUGCAUGUUUGGGUUCACGUGUGCAUGUCUGAUGUCACGUUGGUGAAGUAAGUAGCUGGAUCACCUUAACCAUUACUAACCAUUACAUCUGCAGGUCAAGGUCAUUUGACUAAGGUCACCAAGUCAAGGUCGUCAUCAAGGAGUCAUAUUCACCCUGUUGCCAUGCAUUUUUCAAUAUUUCACUUCGCCACAGCUCUGACACUGAUACUUGUAAUUUUCGCCACCAGUUCUGAUGCGCGUGGCAAGCGAGCACGUGCCCGUGAUAUGUACAGGAAUCAAAACGAUGAGCUUGUCACAGAAGACAGGUUCAAUUCAAGAAGAAACCACAGAAAAAAGUCAGACAAGCCAAAUAUUGUGAUUAUCAUGACAGACGACCAGGACAAGGAACUCGGUUCCAUGGACUUCAUGCCAAAGACCAUGAAAAUCAUGGGCAAAGGUGGCGCCACAUUCAACAAUGCCUUUGUGACUACACCAAUGUGUUGUCCGUCGCGGAGUUCAUUUCUUACGGGAAUGUAUCCCCAUAACCAUAACGUGUACACAAACAACGACAACUGCUCUUCGAUUCAGUGGCAGCAGACGCACGAGACACGGAAUUUUGCAACGUACCUAAGUAAUGCGGGAUAUAGGACAGGUUACUUUGGCAAGUAUCUCAAUGAAUACAAUGGUACAUACAUCCCACCAGGUUGGAGGGAAUGGGUCGGUCUUAUCAGGAACUCCAGGUUCUACAACUAUAUGAUCAACUUCAACGGACAGAAAAUUCGCCAUGAAAAUGAUUAUUACAAGGAUUAUUUCACAGAUCUUAUUGCAAAUGACAGUGUAACAUUCCUCAAGCAGUCCAAAAGAUAUUUUCCAAAUAGACCUGUUGCCAUGGUAUUGAGCAUGCCGGCCCCCCAUGGACCAGAAGAUGCAGCCCCUCAGUAUCAACAUUUGUUUGAAAAUGUCACAGCUCAUAGGACCCCUAGCUGGAACUAUGCACCAAACCCAGACAAACAAUGGAUCCUGCAGUACACAGGGAAGAUGGAGCCCAUCCACAUUGCCUUCACAGAUAUACUGAUGAGGAAGAGAUUGCAGACAUUACAGUCUGUGGAUGAUGCUGUGGAAAAAGUAUAUACAGAGUUGAAGAAUUUGGGAGAACUGGACAACACAUACAUAAUCUACACAUCUGACCAUGGCUACCAUUUGGGGCAGUACGGGCUGCUGAAAGGGAAGGCAAUGCCGUAUGACUUUGACACCAGGGUACCCUUCUAUGUGAGAGGGCCAGGGAUUGAAGGUGGCAUGAGCAUGAAUGAAAUUUUAACCAAUGUUGACAUAGCACCUACAGUGUUAGAGAUGGCAGGUAUUAACAUUCCAGACCACAUUGAUGGGAAGCCAUUCUAUAAACUGCUUCUGUCCAAAAAUGAAGGAUCUGAAAACUUUUCACCUCAUUGGAGAGACACUGUAUUGAUAGAGAGAGGGAAAAUCAAUGGGAAGAAUGUGAAGAUUCGCGAACAGAUAGAGUACCACAGUGUUCCUGGGCUGAAGAAAGAGGCACGUCUUGCCAAGGAGUGCCGGGACCCGGCUUUUAAAGCCCCAUGUAAACCAAAGCAGAAAUGGGUGUGCACUCAGCUUCCUGAUGGGAGAUGGAGGAAAACCAAGUGUCGUCUGUCAGACGUGGUGAGCAAAGAAAAACGCGCUAAGUGCGUCUGCCCUCCCAAGAAAAUGAGGAAAGAUGAGAGAAGAAAUCAAAAGCAGUUCCUGAAGAAUUUUGUUAAUCAGCCUUCCAUGUUAACUGGCACCAAGUUCAUCAAGAACCGUUCUGGUCGGUCAAUAGAUGAUAAUGAAUUGGAGGAAGUUGACCAUCAGAUGGCUGCUGACCACGCCAUUACCACGCUGGAGACGGUGGUCACUCACUACGUCCAGAAACGUGGGGCCAAUAGGAGGAGAAAGCAUGAUCAUUGGAAGUUUGGUUUGCAGUCUGAUACUCCAGAGGGAUCACUGAACUACAGAACACUGUGCACUGUUGGUUCUAACAACACAGUGGCCUGUGACCGCUCCAUCUACUCCAGUAAACAACUGUGGAAGAUACACAAGGACGAGGUCAAUAAACUGAUAGAGCAUUAUAAGGAGAAAAUAAACAUGCUGAAGGAAAUCAGAGAGCACCUCAGAAUUGGAAAACCAUCAGAAGCUCCUCCUGCAUUUGGUGUAACCAAUAGCAACAAAAGAGGGGGCCGGAUCCCCACCACCUCAGAAACUUUCCCAGCAUUCCCUGAAACCAGUGCGGACAAAGACUACAGUAUUCCCCAGAACCACAUCUACACAACUGAUGUGCCUCCAACUUCAUCAGCUGUUGUUAUUGGCAAGGGCGAGGACUGCGUUUGUGAAGAUGCAAGCCUGAAUGAAUCCGUAGGCGAUAUUGUUGAAAAUACAGUGGUGCCUAGGCCAUCUAGAAAACCAAAAAAAGAAAGACGCAAAAAUCGCAAAAACAAUAAAAGGCACAGAAAGCGCAAGAACAAGGACGUCACGAGGGACUGUCACCAGUUUUCAAUGAAGUGUUUCACCCAUGACAACGACCACUGGCAGACCCCUCCACUGUGGAACCUGGGUCCAUUCUGUUUCUGCCCAAACUCCAACAAUAACACAUACUGGUGUAUACGGACCAUCAAUGAUUCUCACAAUUUCCUUUAUUGUGAAUUUAUAACAGGGUUUAUCAGCUAUUAUGACUUCAAUAGAGACCCUUAUCAGCUAAGAAAUGCUGUACAUGAUUUAGAAUACUGGACACUACAACAAUACCACAAGACAUUAAAUAGGCUUAGGGCAUGUGCAGGACCAAGGGAAUGUACUAUAAGAUCUGGACAAUAUACAGAAAAGAAAGAGAAAUCUGGAAGGCAUGGACGCCGCCCUCCAGCUAACCACCACCUAUAGCAGUAUCCUGGUUCACCACACACUGAUCUCAGAAGAUUAUUCCAAAAAUUUCUCAUUUCAUUGCAUUGAGUUAGAAUAGCAUGUGGUACCAUCAGCUGAGGAAAACACAGACCUGGACUUCACAACUUCUGGCACUCCCAAAACUUGACACUGAUACUGUUGAAGCGGAGGAUCUGAGGAUAGAAGAAAACAUGUGAUAAACUGAGACUUAGCAGUUGAAUUAAUGUCACCAAGUUUGCGUUGACAAAAGAAAACUAUAUUCUGGAGGAAGUACUGGAAAAGAACAUGCAGAAAAGUCUCUUAAAGCUUUGUUAGUGAUUAACAAAGAAAUAUGGGAUUUUAAUAAAGAAGGUGAAAAACAAAUACUGCCAAAGCAAAAUCAGUCAGGUUGUUAAAUACGAAAUGCCAUUUUAUCUGCUGUAGGGUCAAAUAAGAUGAAAUCAAACAAGAAGUGACAUCAAAUAAGAAGUGACAUCAUGAAUGUCAGAAUGCACUGUGAAGAUUUUAGCUCAUGAAAGAUUUUAUACAUGUGUGGAAUGUGAUGCAAUUUUUUGACCAACCUUGUAUGUGCGUUUUACUAAAAUUUGCCAUUCUGUGUUCACCAUGUGUUCAGUCAGAAGAGGGCAUUGUGCUGCAAGAUAGGACCACCUCAAAGUCUUUAGAGUGUUUUUGUUUUGUAAGUGUAGACGUGUUGAAAAAAAAACUCCAAUCAGGUGGAGCAGACUCAUUAAUGUAAAAUCAUCAAGUCAUGACAAUUGAGAUUUCAUAAGUUGCAGCUUCUAAUUUUGUCGAUUAUUCGUCUGUGUGGGUGCAUAUUUCCCCCCCACAAUAAUUAAUGGCCACAGUAUCAUUAGCUUUGCCAAAUACAUGUUUCAUUAUCUGUGUUUUGAACAGUGUUAAGAGGACGUAAAAUCUGAGGCCUGCAGCUGCUUAAGUAUUCAUAUGCAUUUAUUGUCAUUUAGAUACAAAUAAACAUUAUCAUACAUUGUGCUUAGAGCAGACAAUUCAAGCAUUCUAACAUAAAAUCAUCGACGCAUUAUCUUACUUGAACUUGUAUUUAUCAUUAACAGCAGUGAUAUUUAUUUCUCACUCAUUCAUUCAUUUGUAUUAUAUAUAUAUAUUAUUUAACAAGAACUUGCCAAAGGGUUGUAUUGGGUUGCCCACCUUACAGCUCAGUUAACUUGUAUAUAUUGUAGAAUUUAAGAAAUACAAACCAUUUUAAGAGAAAUUUGU